GCUAGUUUUUUUUUUCUGCUCCUCCCUCCACUUUUUUUUUUUUUUUUUUUUGAGAGGGGCUUUUCCAAAGCAGGGCCGGCGCGCAAAGGCGGGAGGGCGAUGGAGAUGAAGAAGCGCAUCAACCUGGAGAUGAGGAACCGGGCGCCCGAGAAGGUGGCUGAGCUGGUUCUGGACAAUUGCCGGUCUAGCAAUGGCGAAAUCGAAGGUCUGAAUGACACAUUUAAAGAGCUAGAGUUUCUCAGCAUGGCCAACGUGGAGCUGUCAUCACUCGCCAAGCUCCCCACUUUGACUAAGCUUCGAAAGCUGGAAUUGAGCGAUAAUCUAAUUUCUGGAGGCCUGGAAGUCCUGGCAGAGAGAUGUCCGAAUCUCACAUACCUAAAUCUGAGUGGUAAUAAAAUCAAAGAUCUCAGCACCGUGGAAGCCCUUCAAAAUCUUAAGAAUUUGAAGAGUCUUGAUUUGUUUAACUGUGAGAUCACAAACCUGGAGGAUUACAGAGAAAGCGUGUUUGACUUGCUCCAGCAAAUUACGUAUUUAGAUGGGUUUGAUCAGGAGGAUAAUGAGGCCCCCGACUCAGAAGAUGAAGAGGAUGAAGAUGGGGAUGAAGAUGAGGAUGAAGAAGAUGAGGACAAAGCUGGUCCCCCAGGAGAAUAUGAAGAGAAUGAUGAGGAAGAUGACGAUGCCUCAGACUUGGGGGAGGGUGAAGGUGAAGACGAGGAAGAUGAGGAAGAAGUGGGCCUCUCGUACUUAAUGAAAGAAGAGAUUCAGGAUGAAGAAGAUGAUGAUGAUUACGUAGAGGAGAAGGAGAAUGAAGAAGAAGAAGAAGCGGAAGGCGUCAGAGGGGAGAAGAGAAAACGUGCAGCAGAAGAUGAGGGAGAUGAUGACGACGAUUAAGUUGUAGG